AUGGGUAUUCAUUUUCCUGGGAUGGUUCAUGCUAAGCAGCUCCUUCAAAGCUUGAGUAGGAGCCAAUUUGAGGAGGCCAUUGCAUCCGACGUCCCGAAAGGCCACUUUGUUGUUUAUGUUGGGGAGGACGAAAAGAAGCGAUUCGUAGUCCCCAUAUCCUACUUGAAGCAUCCUUCCUUCCAAUACCUUCUUAGUCUGGCCGAGGAAAAGUUUGGGUUUGAUCAUCAACUGGGUGGCCUUACAAUUCCAUGCAAAGAAGUAGACUUCAUCCGUCUCACAUCUCAUUUGAAUAGAUCACGGCAAAAGGUGUGA